UCCCCACGUAACUGACAAAGCCAGCGCCAUAGCUGCACACACACUUGAACGUCUACGACUUCUCCAUUUUCCUCCAAUAACUGACAACAGAGGACAAAUUCCACCCGCGGGUUUGGAAUAAACACAUUCGCGGAAAUGCCGACAAUAAAGUUACAGAGCUCAGAUGGAGAAAUCUUCGAGGUGGACGUGGAAAUAGCCAAACAGUCUGUUACCAUCAAAACCAUGUUAGAAGAUUUGGGGAUGGAUGACGAAGGGGAUGACGAUCCGGUGCCGCUCCCAAACGUCAACGCGGCCAUUCUUAAGAAGGUGAUCCAGUGGUGCACCCACCACAAGGAUGAUCCCCCUCCCCCCGAGGACGACGAGAACAAGGAGAAAAGGACGGACGACAUCCCCGUGUGGGACCAGGAGUUCCUCAAAGUGGACCAAGGGACCCUAUUCGAACUUAUUUUGGCGGCCAAUUACUUGGACAUCAAGGGUCUGCUGGACGUGACGUGCAAGACGGUGGCCAACAUGAUCAAAGGCAAAACCCCCGAGGAGAUCCGCAAGACCUUCAACAUCAAGAACGACUUCACGGAGGAGGAGGAAGCCCAGGUGCGCAAAGAGAACCAGUGGUGCGAAGAGAAGUAGAGCAUCUGGCCAAAACUACACAGACACACAGAAUAGAAAUGUGUCCGCUUUAUUGCUUGCACUGGUCUUGUUCAUACUUUGUUAAUAUUGACUAUAUAGCUUACUUCCGUACUGUUCAGUCAAGUUCACUUCCUCCCCAGUUCUCCACUUCCAAGCUGUGUACAAAAUACUAGCAUGACAUGUUUAACACGUGUGUCAUUAUUUAAAUAAGGCCCCCCCCCAUUUCCUUUCUUGUGUCGUCUAUAAAGUCAUUUUUGAUGACUCCCCAUGUGUUGGUUUCAGUUUAGGUUUUUUUUAUAGACAUGAUUGUCGCCUGUUAGGUUGGUCUUUACAUUAAAGGGGCGUGGGAAGGGAAGCGAUAAAAGGUUUUUCAGGUGGGUUUCAACAUGUGCACCAGUGAUGAAAGGAUGAAAUAAAAUGUUUCAAAAACUGA